CUGGCUUCGACCAAGCAAUUUUUUACAUUUUACCAGAUCGAUUUUGAAGUGAAUGUUUGUCACAAAUACUAAUCGCCUGUGGCCUGUUUUAUGCAAAGUAGGCUAAUUGCAUAUAUUGUCUAAUUAAUAUCCUUUCAGCAGUGUUUCCUCUAUUCCGAACAAAUGUAUGGAUUCUAGUAAAAGCGUUGCCAUGCCUAGCCGGAGCAAAUGACCGUGUGUGCAUCUUGACAGGCGUUAUUUCCUCGUCACGUAUUGUUAUUGUGUAGGCUAAUCGACACCGAGGUUGUCGGAGCGAAGAGUAAAGGCAUUGUAUUAUCAUCUCUUUCAAGUCUAACCCGCAAGUCAAAAGGGAAACCGAUAUGAUUAAAUUAUGGAAAAGCUGUUCCAAGUAACUUGUGAUUGACAUCAUAAUGUGAUUCGUUUUAUAUGCUAAAUAAUCUAGCUGAUUGAUUUAAUAAUCAUUAUCAAUCAACCGUUUCUAUCUUCUUGGCAAUUUAUUAAGAACGUUUCUUGAGAGACCUACCACAAAAGGCCCAGGUGGAAUACAUAAAAAAACGCAUAAUAUACAUAGGGCAGGGUAUUUGACCAGAAUUUUGUCAUAGGCCGUUGUUUCUUCUAUUUGAGGUUUCUAUUUUGAACAGAUUUAAAAAAAAUCUGUCUGUUCACACCAUCACUCUGUAAUAGAAAGUUGUUGUGAGAGCCAAUGUACAGUCCACCUCUGACAGUAAUCAACUAAUGAAUAAUGAACACAAAGGUCCAGAGACGAGCACACACUGGUGAAUACUAAGAAGAGCUGCCAUGGUGUCCCCAGGUGAUGACCUCACUGCUUUUCUCCACCCCUGCACACGUUGUCAUGAAGGACCGCGAGCCUCCAUCACCCUCCCUCACCCUUCUGCACUACCCCGGGACACCAGGCACCGUCAAAACCUCAGGCGGGGGCCCCUUCCCCCCCUCCUCCACCCUCCAAACCUCAACCUCUCCAUCCCUCUCCAAACCCCAGCCCUUCUGCCUUCAGACCCUCCAGACCUCAGGCCCUCACCUUAUAGCCAGCAUGCAGCUCCAGAAACUGAAUUCUCACUACCAAAGUCUAGCCGGAGGUGUAGGUGGCGGCGGAGUCUCUGGCCCCACCUUGGGACCCCAAAGGGGGUUUGGGGGCUCAACACUGGGCUCGGCUACGCAUCUAGUUGGGGUUACCCCUGGUGUCAUUGGAGGGGGGAACCAGGGUUGUGGUUCUGGGGGGAUUAUAGACUCUGACCCAGUGGAUGAGGAGGUUCUGAUGUCGUUGGUCAUAGAGCUAGGUUUGGACCGUGCCAACGAGCUACCAGAACUUUGGCUGGGACAAAAUGAGUUUGACUUCAUUGCAGAUGUACCUGCCAGAUGCUGACCCUCUGAGAUAGAGGGAUGAAAGGAGGGGAUCCGUGUUCCCUCAACCUUUCUUUUCUCCUGUCGCUGUAGUUCAGAUUGACAGAACAUGUGGUGUACCAGCCGAGGACUGCUCAACAUACCACUCGCAUAGAACCUUUUUUGUGGGGUAAUCUUCAGAAGGAAAAACAAUGUGCACAAACUAUUCCAAAAAGAGCAUUUUUGUCUCUGUUUUUUCUGUUUUUUUCUCUGGACUUCUUGUUUUCCCUCUGAGAGGACACUGGUAUGGGUUAUCAAUGAAAAUGUUUGUGUGUCUGUGAGCGAUCGACAAACAGCAAACAACAUGAAGCACAGCCCAGUAAAUUGCCUUUAUUUUGUCCUUUGUGGUGCACAAACGCCCCUGAAAUAAGGUUUCACUGAGGGAUUGAAAUGUUCAGAGACAAACAGGUUUAACUGAGCCUCCAGCCUGUCUGUCAGUUUCACUGUACAUCCCAAGGGCCUCCUAAACACACACACCGGCGAAAGGAUGGUAUUACGAUCCAGUAAUGGAAAUAGCAGCUGUGAAACAGGCACUUGUUCUGUUACCCCUGCGUUCAGGAGAGUUCAGAGGGUUUGAUGGGACAGCGCGUGCACAUGUUGUGUAUUUCCCUGCAUGUGUAUGUUUGUGCCUGUCUAGAUGUGUGUACCCGUGUGUGUGUGUGUGUCUGUGCGUGCAUUUGUGUGUGUCUGAGCGUGCGUGUGUGCAGAGAUGCAUGAGACAGAAGACUGACAGACCCGAAUAGAGGCCUAUCAGAAGCGUGUGUAGUCUCGGUAACCGGACCUCUACGCUGCUAACUGUGUGUAACUAAAUAAAUGAAUGAGUUAACGUCAGUGGUCUUCAUAUGCCCUGCCUCCUGGUAACUCUGGAGAAGGAUCAAAUCCCCCCCCAAACACACACCCCACACACACACACCUUUUCAAAGUAUCUUCUCUCCCGCGGUCUACGAUCCAAGACCCUCCAUCACUACCUACUCAACCAUUGUUAAAGUCAAUGGCCCUAUUGGUCCAAGUCAAAUGAGUGAACUAUAUGCAGGCGAUAGGACGCUACUAAGAUGAACACACAAUGUAUUCAUGUGUGAGAGGUUAGGUUACUGUUAAUGAGAUGGUUAAAGGACACAUUUCUUUUGUUCUAUCCCUUUGUUUGGGUUUGAAAUUUUAGAUGAUUAAUGAUCAACUGAUGAGUAAUUGACUUUUUUCAGUUUUACACUACCAGUUCGGAAGACUUUAUAGAGUGUUUCCUCCUUAGAGAGUCAUGAAGAGGAAAAGUCCCCAUUCAGAUUUCUCAAGUUCCAUUAAAUAUUAUUCUAAGUUAUUCUUCGACAUGCGUUUUUCACCAUGUGAUAUGUUUGUAUCUUUUUUUGACCACUUGGGUUAGUCAGACAGUGGUUUUACAGAUCCAAAACAGGAGUAACUUUAAUCUGAACAGGGGUCCUUUGUGGUUUUGUAGUUUAAGUUGUAGAUGCUGGAUCACAUGCUUAUUGAAAAACAGCAGUGAGUGUGUACAUGUCUCUGCGCUUGUGUGCGUGCUUGCAAGUGAGUGUGCCUCAUGGGGAAUUAUUCCUGUAAAUGACACUUAAGGUUUGACUCCAAGGAAAUGCAAGAUAAUAUGGUAACACACAAACUAGUUUUUUUCUGGUCAGAAACUCUUUGAGCUUGUAUUGUAGCAAGAACAUUUACUUUAAAUGAUGUUUGUUUUGCUUUGCCUUUUAUGACAAUUCACAUUUUUUGUGAUCUUUUAUUUUUGUUUUAGCUCAAAACCUGGCUUUUUGUUGAUUUUUGUAAAGAAAAAGAAAUGUUGGAUAUUGAAUAUAUGUUUGUUAAUAAAAAAUCACUUGUCAAGUAGAUACUGCACUGAUUGUAUGGUCCUAAGUUUUUCUAUAAAUCAAACCUAUUGAAUUGAGGCCUUAGUUUGUUCUACAGAAGUGGAGAGGACCUAUGCUUUUUUAUAUGUAUAUCUUUUAGUUUUAUCUUCUAUAUGAUGGAUGGAAUCAUGAACAAAGGAUGAUUUUUGUUUUAGCACUUUGUCUCUGCAUCUCAUUUGUAUCUUUAUGAAAAUAUGUAAAUUACUAGAUCAUAUUUAAAUGCUUGUAUUUUUGUUACUUCUGCAUUUUGGGAACAAUAAA